AUGGAAUGCGCGUUGAAUUUACUAUUGCAGUUGCAAGUGACAGUAAAGCGAGCUGCUAAAACUGUCGAUCAGGUUCAGAGAUUCUUGUCAAUUCCUGAAGGUCCAACACAUGUCUUGAGGAUGCAUAAGUAUACCAUAGUAACGGAAAUGUUUGGGGUAACAUUGUCAGCCAUUCAAAAGAGAGAUGCUGGUGGGGAAACCAAAGGGGUUAUACGUUCUGCUCGUGCUAAUGCAACCCACAAUCAUGGCCUCGAUGGAGAUCUUCUUCUUGUUGCUGAGGCAUUUGUUGGAAAGGGAUUCUUCAAGAAAAGGAUUUCAUACCAUUCUAAAGGUAGAUCUGGAAUAAAAAUGAGACCAGAGUGCAGACUGACAGUGGUAGUCAGGGAGAUAACCCCCGAGGAGGAGGCUGAGAUAGCUAGAUUGAGGGUCAACAACUUCCGCAAGCUUACUAAACGAGAAAAGCGAUUGGUGCCUCAUAAACUUAUCGAGACAACCCCAACAUGGGCUCGCAAAAGCAAAACGAGGAGUCAGGAGUCUGGUGCUAUGGGUGCGUGA